CGCGCCUGCGCGUGCCCGUGCGAGAACGCGUGCGUGAGCGCUCGAGCUCGCGGGUUUUGUACUUCUGAGGUGAUUGGCAGUUGAUGUGCCUCGGAUUCUGAUCUUCUCGCCAUCACCUACAUUUAGUUACAUUUACAACAUUUUUGCUUUACAGUAUGAAAUCACUGGAGGAUCAAGUUGUGGAAGAUGAGGCAAGGUAUCAGGAUGAUGAGGAAUCUUUCUUCCAAGACAUUGAACUCCUACAGAAAUAUGGCAUUAACAUGGCCGACAUCAAAAAGCUGAAGUCAGUGGGAAUUUGUACCGUGAAAGGGAUCCAGAUGACCACACGUCGUUCCCUCUGCAAUGUCAAGGGUUUGUCUGAAGCCAAAGUGGAGAAAAUCAAGGAGGCUGCUGGGAAGUUGUUGAUGAGUGGAUUUCAGACUGCUUCAGAAUACAGUAUGAAAAGGAAACAAGUAUUUCACAUCACAACAGGCAGUUUGGAGUUUGAUAAACUUCUUGGAGGGGGAAUAGAGAGUAUGGCAAUCACUGAAGCUUUUGGAGAGUUUAGAACGGGGAAGACUCAACUCUCUCACACACUGUGUGUUACAGCCCAGUUGCCUGGAGAGAAUGGAUAUACUGGAGGGAAGGUCAUCUUCAUUGAUGCAGAGAACACCUUUCGCCCAGACAGGCUGAAGGACAUUGCAGACAGGUUCAAUGUGGAUCAUGAAGCAGUCCUUGAUAAUGUUCUGUAUGCUCGUGCCUACACAAGUGAACACCAGAUGGAGCUGUUAGACUUUGUUGCAGCCAAAUUUCACGAGGAGGGAGGUGUCUUCAAGCUGCUGUUUUUAUCCUGGACCUCUGUUUUUUUGAAGAUCAUAGACUCCAUCAUGGCUUUGUUUCGAGUGGACUUCUCAGGUCGAGGAGAGCUUGCAGAAAGACAGCAGAAGUUGGCACAGAUGCUUUCGAGGCUUCAAAAGAUCUCAGAAGAGUACAAUGUUGCAGUGUUUGUCACUAAUCAGAUGACUGCAGACCCUGGAGCCGGAAUGACAUUUCAAGCAGAUCCCAAAAAGCCCAUUGGAGGUCACAUACUAGCACAUGCCUCCACCACACGCAUUAGUCUGAGGAAAGGACGUGGUGAGAUGAGAAUUGCCAAAAUAUUUGAUAGCCCUGACAUGCCAGAAAAUGAAGCUACCUUUGCCAUUACUGCUGGAGGAGUGGCAGAUGCAAAAGAGUAAUGCAAGAACUUCUCCAAACAAAACACAUGUUUAGUUAGUAGAUACAAUAUUUGUUAGGAUCUAAAUACAGCUGUUUGUUUAUUUAUUUAUUUACAUAUUUAUUUGAUCUCUAAUUAAAUGUUGUUGUUGGGUUUUUUUUAAAUAAAUUGUUGUUUCACUGCCUGACAAUAAGCUCUUCCUGCUUCUCCAUUCACAGAAUAAACCUGUACCACAUUUAA